GAAAUUUUUAACAUAUAAAUCUGCUACAUAUAUAUUUUUAGAUAAUUUUAAAAUGGCCGUAUUAAUAGAAACAACAUUGGGUGAUUUAGUUAUUGACUUAUUUAUUAAAGAAAGACCAAAUACUUGCAAAAACUUUUUGAAGCUUUGCAAAACAAAAUAUUACAAUCUUUGCCAAUUCUUUACAAUAGAGACAAAUUAUAUUGCUCAAACUGGAGAUCCAACAAAUACGGGAAGAGGAGGAGAAUCGAUUUUUGGUACUUUAUUCGGCGAACAGGCAAACUAUUUCGAAAUGGAGAAAGUACCAAAAUUAAAACAUACUCGUCGUGGACUUGUCUCAAUGAUUAAUAAUGGCGAAGGACUUAUUGGAUCUCAAUUCUUUAUUACGUUGGCUGAUGAAUUGGAUUUUCUUGAUGGAAAACAUUGCAUUUUUGGACAAGUGGCGGAAGGUUUAGAAACGUUGUCGAAAUUGAAUGAAGAACUUGUUAAUGAAACAAAUAGGCCUUAUAGAGAUAUUCGAAUUGCUCAUACAAUUAUUUUGGAUGAUCCUUUUGAAGACCCCCCUCGUUUAAAAAUACCAAGACGUUCGCCUUCACCUACAAUUGAUAUUUUAAAGCUCGAAAAUCAAUUGGCACUGGAUGAGCGUAUUGAUGAAAAUGAGGGUAAAACAGCUGAAGAAAUUAAAAAGGAACUUGAACAGAAAGAAAUGAAAGAACAUGCACAAAUUUUGGAAAUGGUUGGUGAUUUACAUUAUGCUGAAGAACGUCCUCCAGAUAAUGUUCUUUUUGUUUGUAAAUUGAAUCCAGCAACGAAUGAUGAGGAUUUGGAAAUUAUUUUUUCUCGUUUUGGCACAAUUCUUAACUGUGAAGUAAUUCGAAAUAGAAGAACUAAAGAUUCACUACAAUAUGCAUUUAUUGAAUUCGAAACACCAGAACAGUGUGAAAAAGCUUUUAUGAAAAUGGAUAAUGUUUUGAUUGAUGACAGAAGAAUUCAUGUUGAUUUCAGUCAAUCUGUGGCAAAAAAUUAUCAAUGGGAUAGGAAACUUAAAAGUGGUGCAAAGUCCAUUGAACAAAAAAUGUCCUCUUCUCCUUCAAAAGAUGCAACAAUUCGUCGUUCUGACCAUCAACGUUCUUUUACUAGCGAUCGUCGUCGGGAUGAUAAAAAAGAAAGGAAAAGAAGGGAUGAAAGUAUUGAAGACGAUGGAAGGAGAGAAAAACAAAAAAUAAGUAGAAGGGAUGUUGAAAGGGAAGAAUCUUCAAAAUAUGAACGUUAUUCUUCUAGAGACAAACAUUCUUCAAGGGAUCAUUGGGAACGAAAGAGACGUUCAUCUAGUAGAAGUAGAGAACGAAGAAGACACGAUAGAAAUGGAGAAAAUUUGAGGGAACGACGUAAACGGUGAUUU